AUGAUGUUGAAGGGUCUGUUUCUAGCACUGUUGCUAGUGUCUUUUCUGCACGUUGGGCAUUGUAGCAGUCCCAUUACAGAUACACGUACCCCUGAUACUGGUGAUACAGAAGAUGGUCCGGAAACAGCAGAGACCGAGUCGGAAGAAUCAUGUGGCACGGUCUCAUCUCGGUGGGUAGAGCCAAACAUCAUGCAAGUCUCCAAAAUGUGGAAUUUCAAUGCAACAGCUCAAGAGCUGCUAAGGAAUCUUGGAGAGUCCCUUGCAGAUGUGGAUCAUUGGAAAAAUGAUCCAUAUGAAGUCGUCCGAUACCUACACAAGUGGGACAUGGAUCCAUCAGAUGCAGAAAAGCACUUUCGAGGAAUGGUUGAAUGGAGACUUCAAAAUGAUGUUGAUACCUUCAUGGAACGAUAUCGAGAGCCACCAGCCGUAUUUCAUUAUUUUCCUCUCUUCAUGCUGGAAGGAUUUGACAAGGAAGGGGAUCCAAUUUUGGUUUACCGAAUGGGCAGUUUUGAUGCAUGGGGGUUGUACCAGCAGGUGGGGGCUGAUAUCUUUCUGGAUGCCAGCAUUUUCAUCCGAGAGUUAAUCUCAAAGCGGGGCAAUGGUAUGCCACCAGAAUUUGACUGGCAGCAACAAUAUUAUGAACCAAAGACAGGGGGUGAACGGAUGCUACAAUUCACUGGUAUUGUGGACCUCCAUGGGUUGAGCACACGUCAGUUCCACCCAGUCUUGUUUGGCUUGCUGAAAGAAGCAGCCCAUAUUGCACAAGCAUACUAUCCAGGGUUGGCCAAACGUCUUCUUUUCAUUCGGGCCCCAAAGAUCUUUCGCAUGGGAUGGAGUGUAGCCAAACAUUUUUAUUCCGAAGAGAGUAUGCGGUUGGUGAAUAUGAUUACUGAGGACAACUAUCUGGAAGCAUUUGAGGAAUAUAUGGAUGUAGAAGUGUUGCCACAUGUUAUCAAUCCAGUGAAUGGCAAGGGCAAGCAGAUGCCAGGCUACAUGGAGAAGAUCAAGAUGGAAGGAGGCAUAAUAUCAGGAACCAUGGAAGACCAGUAG